AUGCGCGAAGAUGGUCUGGAGGAGGGUUUCGAUGGAGACGAUGACCCUACCUGUCCCCAGAUAUAUUUCACCGCAGCGGAGGAAAGAGAGUACUGCCGCAAGCUGAGAUCAGCCCUGAUCGUGAAGCCGCUGGGCAGGAUAGUGUCGUACACAGCAGUGUCCAUCCGUUUGAAUACAUUAUGGGCGAAGGCAGGAGGGAUCCAAGUAACUUCGAUGAAGAACGGAUACUUCCUUGUAAGGUUUACGAGCGGCAUGGAUUACGAGAGAGCAGUCACUAACGGACCGUGGAUGAUAGGGCCGAACUACCUCUCGGUGCACAUGUGGGACAAGAAUUUUGAUCCGUACAGUCAUGAGGUCUCAUCGACGUUGGUUUGGGCACGGCUCCUUGAUCUCCCGCUCCACUACUUUCACCAGGAGGCCGUGAUGAAAAUUGGGCAUCGUAUUGGGAAACCAAUCCGGAUCGACGAAGCUACGCGCACAGCGGCCAGAAGUGACUACGCCCGUGUCUGUGUUCAAGUGGACCUAACCCGGCCCCUUCUCUCGAAAUUCUCUAUCAAGGGCAAGAAAUACUUCAUUCAGUACGAAGGACUGGAGAAUAUAUGUCUAAACUGCGGUACCUAUGCAGAGAAAUGGGGAUGCUCGUGUGUUAAGUCGCAGGCACCUAUGGAAGAAGAGCAAGCAACACCUGUACCACCGCAAACGACCAGUCUGAACGAACCGCUUUAUGGGGAGUGGAUGAUUGCCAAACGUAAGCCCCGGUCCCAAAAGAAGGACCAAAGAGCAGAGGCAAACCUGAAGGGAACAAAAACGGGGAAUGGCUCUAACAAGGGCGCAGGGGGAUCGCGCCACGCCGUACUAGAGGAAGAGGAGGAAACACUCACAGGGUCUGAAAGUACGGAUACUGCACAUGAGACUAGCAAGCGAGCACAAGAACAGUCGGGGGGUGCUAAAAGUAGGACCAAAGGGCCCACACAGACGCAACCGGUGAGUCAAGGGAGAGACAAUGCCCAUCCCAAGGAGGUUCAAGCUGCGGAGUCUACCGGACAUGGCUCCAAGGAAAUGGCUGUUGAAAAAAGCGUGCCCAAAACGGACCACCCCGAGUUGGGUUCAAAAGCAGGCCAGCCGAUUCAGAGGGCCAUGGAAUCGGACCAGGUGAUUGUUGAUGAGGAAGGUGGCAACGGUUUCUCAAGGGUGGCAGUGAUACCUGAUGCAAAUGGUGCGAAGGGUAGACCACCAGACCUAAGCCCACAUUACGGGCAGUUGAAGUCACGGGACAAGGAGGAGUACAUAGAGAAAGACUCCUCGGGAAUGCAGCUCGACGGGAACCUGCCGCCGAUCGUCUGA